AUGGCCCCUCAGGGUGACGAGGCGCCGCCGUUUCUAAGGUACAUACCGGAGGUGGUGCUGAAGAAAAGGAAAAACAACGAGGAAUGGGCAAUCAAGAGAAAGCUGCAGGUACAGGAACGGGCCAAACGCCACAGGCCCGACAGCUCUUUCAUCAAGAAGCCCGAGCAGUUUAUUCGCGAGUAUCGAGACCAGGAAUUGGACUUCGUGCAGAUGAAGAGUAGGGUUGCCCGAAAAAGAUGGGCCUCGGCCGCGGCACAAUCUAAGCUUCUAUUCGUCAUACGCAUAAUCUAA